AUGUCUACCAUUCCACUCCAUAUCUAUGAUAUCAAGUCAGAUGGCGGUCACCUCAACCGAGCAUCAUCGGGGGAAACUGACGCAUGGCCGUUUGGGCACGUCAUCGAUUUUCUCACUUCACGAAUUCCUCAAUCUUUGCCGAUAUUAAGAGCAGUGCAACUCGCUCCGAAGGAUGAAGGCGCCUUUCUGAUCACCACACCCCUCCCUCCUUUGUCUACACGAGAGCCCAAGGAGGAGGUCCCCGAGGAUAUGGGCAUCGAGUCUGUAUGGACAAUGGCCUACGUGAAUCGAGCCAAUCAUCCAGGAACCGAAAUGUGGACGUUCUCGUCUCUGGAAAUGUGGCCGCUUAUAGACGGCUAUGAGCAAGCAUCGCAGAAACCCAAUAUAGAGCCAGGGAAGCUGUUUGUGCCUUUUCCAUUAGACGUUUGCCAGUUCGCAACUCGCCAACUCAUCGCCAUACUCUCCGAAAUCCCAACUAAGUCCAGGAAUGAAGAAAUGACGCUCUUAGAGCAAGGAGAGAAUCCAUAUAGUCCUUGCAUUAAAGCUGGCAAUGUUCACACGAGAGUUGCUUCGCUCCUUGCCCAAACAUCAGUAAUUCUAAAGAGUAGCCCUCCAUACGGCAAAUAUCUGUUUCGAACGGGAACCGACAUUCAUGAUUCUGGAGAAGUAUCAGAUCUGCCUCCUGGGUUUCGAUGGGAACUAAUCAGACAAUCGGAUUAUGCCGAAGUCAUGGCACAGAACCAGCUCAUUCGAAGCACCUCAACGCUUGAUAGACUUAAAGGAGUGGCAAUUAAACAAGAGAAUGCGUCAAGUGCAGAAGGGCCGUCGAGACUCGUGGCAUUUGGUUUCGCAGGCGAGGACGGAUCAGUUCGCACCCUGCAUGUUGAUCCUGAUUUCAGGCGAAUGGGGCUCGCAAAGGCCGUGGUACAACGAAUCAUCAGCCUAGGGUUUUGUUCGCCUGCAAGGACCGGCCCAUUCGCUGCCACUGGAAACGUUCAAGAAGAGCACGAGGGCUCUCACCCCUUGGCUUUUUGUGGCGUCUUGGAAAGCAACGAGGGGAGCAUCCGGACCUUCAAAGCCAUCGGAGGAACCUGGGCCUGGGACGUCUUCUGGCUAUGGUUUGAUUUACACGAAGCAAAGAAGGCUUACGGGAUUCAAUAA